AUGGUCAUGCCACUCCCGCCAAAAUUCAAGGUUCCUCAAGUAGAUAUGUAUGAUGGGACCAAAGACCCAGUAGAUCAUCUAGAGAGCUUUAAAGCUCAUAUCACGCUCCACAGUUUCCCUGGAGAGAUUGCGUGCUGGUCUUUCCCUUUGACUUUAAAAGGGAAAACUAGGGGAUGGUUUGGGACCCUCAAGCCAAAAUCAAUAGACAGCUUCAAAGAGUUGGCAAAACAGUUCCUGACCCAGUUCAUGCCUAGCAGGAGGCGUCGGGGCCCAGCUACCUACCUACUACCUGUCAAACAAAAGGAGGAUGAGAAUUUAAAGGCCUACCUGGCUCGUUUCAACAAGGAACGAUUGACAACGAAUGACCAAGAUAAAAAGAUCACUCUGGCCGCCCUUUUGGGAGGAGUAUGGCCACACACCCUGCAAGCAUUAGUGGAUCCUGGUAAGGAAGAUAGGGGGACCGAGCGAAGAAACGGGCAGGUUGACAAAAAAGCUAAGGAGAGUAGGCGAGAAAGAGCACGGAAGAGGUGCUCAGAUCACAGUCCUAGGCUAAUACACAAUAAUCUAGGCAUACGAGAGGAAGGGAAGGAAAGAGGAGAAUGUCGCCCUACCAGGACGGGCAGUCGAUACUACAAAUAUCACCAGACAAGCUCACACUGGACUGAAGACUGCAAGACCAUGAAGAAAAGAGUAGCGGAAUUAGCAGAGACCGGUGAGUUAGAAUGA